AUGAAGAGGCAGAACGUGCGCACGCUGUCGCUGAUCGCCUGCACGUUCACGUACCUGCUGGUGGGCGCCGCCGUGUUCGACGCGCUGGAGUCGGACCAGGAGCUGCGGGAGAAGGAGACGCUGGACGGCGAGGAGCGGCGGCUGCAGGGCAAGUACAACAUCAGCGCGGAGGAUUACCGGCGGCUGGAGAGCCUGAUCCUGGAGGCCGAGCCGCACCGCGCCGGCGUGCAGUGGAGGUUCGCGGGCUCCUUCUACUUCGCCAUCACGGUCAUCACAACCAUCGGCUACGGCCACGCGGCGCCGGGCACCGACGCCGGGAAGGCGUUCUGCAUGUUCUACGCCGUGCUGGGGAUCCCGCUCACGCUCGUCAUGUUCCAGAGCCUGGGCGAGCGCAUGAACACCUUCGUCAAGCACCUGCUGAAGCGCAUCAAGAAGUGCUGCGGCGCUAGCGUCACCGACGUGUCCAUGGAGAACAUGGUGACCGUCGGCUUCUUCUCCUGCGUGGGCACGCUGUGCGUCGGCGCCGCCGCCUUCUCGCACUACGAGGACUGGAGCUUCUUCCAGUCGUACUACUACUGCUUCAUCACGCUCACCACCAUCGGCUUCGGCGACUUCGUGGCGCUGCAGAAGAACCGCGCGCUGCAGAAGCGGCCGCUGUACGUGGCCUUUAGCUUCAUGUACAUCCUGGUGGGGCUAACGGUCAUCGGCGCCUUCCUCAACCUGGUCGUGCUGCGGUUCCUCACCAUGAACAGCGAGGACGAGCGGCGCGACGCCGAGGAGCGCGCCUCGUUAGCCGCCGGAAACCGCAACAGCGUGAUCAUCCACGUCCAGGACGAGCGCGAGCCGUUCCGGCCGGAGAAGAAGUCCGACCUGGAGUCGGUGUGUUCCUGCCUGCACUACCACUCCCACGAGCUAGGGGGCCCUGCGCUAGGGGCGCUAGGGGGGCUAGGGGGGCUAGCCGGCCCCGCGCUAGGCCCGGGCCGCCCCUUCUCCCACCAGAACUCCGUCAGCUCGCAGUACUUUCACUACCGGAUCGAGGAGAUCUCGCCCAGCACCUUGAAGAACAGCUUUUUCUUCCCGUCGCCCGUUAGCUCCGUUUCUCCGGGGCUACGUAGCUUCGCCGACGACUACCAGCUCAUGAGACGCAGGAAGUCCAUCUGA